AUGGUGCCUAUUAACAUAAAGUUAUGGUCCACUGUUCCAGAGAACAUGAAACAGAAAGUGUGGGAAGAAAUAUCGAAUGUCUUCGACUUAGCACCUCAAAGCGAGGCGGCAGUGAUGAGUUCAGCAGGCCAGAAAUGGAGAGACUUCAAAAACAAACUCAACAGUAGGUUUGUCUGGCCAUAUAGAGAUAAUCCUGAAAAACUGAAGUCACCACCGGAGCAGUAUCAGUAUCAGAUCCCAUCUGCAAUUUGGAAAGCUUUUGUUGAUGAGAGGCUACAUCCAUCUUGGGAGGUCACUCAUGAAAAACAAAAGGAAUGGGCGAGCAAUUGCAAGUAUCAUCACAAAAUGUCUCGCAAGGGAUACAUUGGAUUGGAGACUGAAUUGAGGCAGAGAAAAAUAUUCAGGGAGGAUGAGGAAGUUGAUAGGUCAUUCCUUUGGCGACGAUUUGUUGGACAAAAAAAGAGGGGAGAGUUCAUAUCUUCUGGAAGCAAUGACGUAUUAACUACUUCAUUAGGGAGGCAAGAACCUUACGGAAGGGUUAGAGGUGUAGGGGGAUUUGUGAAGCCCCAAGUCUACUUCAAAACUCCAAGGAAGAAGAGGGAGUUGGUGUCAAAGGCUUUGGCUGAAAACUUUAAAGAGCAAGCGGAGGAAACAAAGAUUUUGAAAGCUGAAGUUGAAAAACUGAAGGCUCUUCUUGCUCGAUUUAUGCCAGAAACAAGUGAUCAAGUUUCUGAACGUGUAGCAUCUAACAAGUCAUCGCACAUGGCAGUUCAAAUAUUGGAAGAUGAUGUGGAAGUUUUUGAAUGCGACAAUUCAUUCAAUCAGGGGAAAAAAUGUCAUUUGGCUUUGAAGAAUAAGGGGAAUGUGGUGGCAUAUGGCACGAUAGUAUCCGACGGAGGCCCAAAUGUAAUGCUGCACAAUGCUCCACUUGGGGAAGGCAACUUAAAGGUGUCUGUUGAUAUUGUUUUACAUGAGGAAGCAGAGCUUCCAAUUCCACUUAAGUCGGGACCAACAGUAAUGGUAGAUGCUGUUGGAACUGUGGUUGGCUGGCCAAAAGAAUUGGUGAUAUUUCCGACGACAAAGAAAAAGAAGAAACCUGCACCACCAUUUGCUAUUUUGGAGGUUCCUGAUGAGAAAAAUAAAUUCAAGGAAGUUGAAAGUACUCUACCAAUGCCAUGCAAGUUUUUGUAUUCUUUUGUUGUUAGACUGAUGACUGAGGAGGAGACCAUUCCUAUCGAAUUUGAUGAAGCCAUGUUUGGACGUAAUGUAAGUACAUCGUUGUUGAGAGAGGAUAUCAUGCGCUGUAUGGAAAUGAGAGAGAUAGGGUCCAGGCAAAUUUUGGUUUACAUGGGUUACUUGUACAAGUACUUGAAGGAAACAAACAGGGCUGAGUAUGUGUCGUUUGUGGAUCCCAAUAAAAUACCAGCCGCUCAAGAUGGCAGUACCUCUUCACAACACAUUGCUAAUCAGUUGAAAGCAUCAAACGGAGACAGCAUAUGCCUUAUCCCAUACAACACUGGUGGAGUGAGGACGUACCUUUGUAUGAGGGGUAAUCCAAAACGACCAACUUUCAAACAGUUGACGGGUAAUCUCAAACAACAAGGUUGUGUUGAAUGUGGAUAUUGUGUCAUGCGGUACAUGAAGGAGAUUGUUGAAUGUGAUGAUCUACAGUUGGAGAGGAAGUUUGCAGGUUGUGUGAAGAACCAGUACUAUACGCAGACACGAUAUGAUGAAGUGAGAAUUGAAUGGAGUGAAUUUGUGUACUCGUAUUUGAAGUGAAUUGCAAGUUGUGUGAAUGAACCAGUACAUGUUUUUGGUUUUUUAUAGCUUAUUUUGAUCAUAUUUAGGGAGAUUUGUUUUGUAUAAACAUAUGCUGAAAUCAUGGCUUGUUUUGAUCAAGGCUUA